AUGGGACACAAAGAGCUUGUUGAUAUCUGUAAAGAAGUCGGUCUCCCUUCUGGUGUCUUGAACAUUGUGACAGGAUUAGGUCCUGAUGCUGGCGCUCCUUUGUCAGCACACCCAGAUGUUGACAAGGUCGCUUUUACUGGGAGUUUUGAAACUGGCAAGAAAAUUAUGGCAUCGGCAGCUCCUAUGGUCAAGCCUGUUACACUGGAACUUGGUGGAAAAAGUCCUAUAGUAGUAUUUGAUGAUGUUGACAUUGACAAAGCUGUCGAGUGGACUCUGUUUGGGUGCUUUUGGACCAAUGGUCAGAUUUGUAGAACAUAA